AUGGCAACGGAAUCUGAUAUUCAAGAUUCCACAAAGGUGCAUGACAAACUUCAAGGAGCUGAUGUCAAUACCGAUAUUGGAAUUCAGAUUACCAAGCAAGAUUGUACAGCAAACAACUUUGCAGUCUAUGCUGAAGAAGAAACAAAAGAAUGUGGCUCUUGUGAGAAGGAAAAAGAACCUGAUGAAGAGGUAUAUAUGACAUAUCUGUCUUCUUGCUACUUGGUGCAUUAA